ACAAAAUGCAAUAUGUCAUCUAAAAGUCACUAGAUUUCCAAGUCAUGUUUAUAAAAUUAUUACAUAAUAACAUAUUAACAUAUUAUUUGAUAAAAUAUGUCUAUAAUAGAAAAAGUUCAAAGGGAUAAUGACUCGGCUUUAAAAAGUUCCCUGCUGUUGCUGCGGCUGGGUACUUUGGUGGUGUUGGCGUGCAUGCUGACGGUGCAUUUGCGAUCUCUGCGACUGUUCCGGUGGGAGCAGUCGGUGACGGGUGGCGUCGUCAUAGCGUAUUGCAUCGCCGAGCUCGGACUAGCCCUGUGCGCCGGCUCUACCAAUUGCCGCGGUAAUGCUAUCCAGGCAUAUAUAUGCGGAACCGGUGCUGCUUUGCUGGCGGUCAAUGCUGGAGUCAUCUAUCGGAGAUGGAAGAGUGCCAGCCAGCUAACGCACGUGGUGGCCGAACUGCUCGGAGUGCUGGGAGUGCCUCUCAAGAGACAAGUCAUUAUUAAAGUUUCUCUCAGUGCGAUCGCGGGAGCCUGUUUACUGGUAGAUCUUUUAUUCGCACCUUAUUUUUCCCGUGAUAAAGUUCUAUCAAGUAGCAAUUCCUCCUGAUAUAUAUCUACUCAGGGUCACGAAAUUGUCAUUCAGUUUCUUUCCUUUUUACGUGUAUCUAGACGUACGACGUAUAAACUCACAGAACGCAUGUUUAAAUGAAGUCCAGGUUUCGUCAUCCAUUUGUAAUAUAAAUUCUUUAAUCAUAAUUUAUAUCAUAAAAGUUAAAUAAACCUGC